AUGGUUCUCAAAGCUCUGCUGAUGGAAAUCCCAAUCUUCAUCUCUCAACCACUUUCCAUCUCAUCCAUCAAUUUUCAUUUUCUCGUCAAACUCUUGACAUCACUUUCAUUUUUUGACCGUAUCAUUUCUGCAUAUGAGAUCACAAAGCUGUUUCCUAACUUGUUCAAGCAACUGUCAACGGUGCUGGUGCUGAGUGGUUCUGGUACUGUGCUGCCUAAUCAAAAGUUGAAGAUUGGCGUGGUUUUGUCUGGUGGUCAAGCUCUUGGAGGUCACAAUGUGAUUUAUGGAAAUUUUGAUUACCUACAAGAAAGAGCAAAAGGAAGCAUUUGUAUGGUUUUAGGAGUGGUCAUACAGGCAUCCUGA